AUGUUACCCAGACUGCCCUGCUUCAGCUGGGAGACCCAACCAGCCUUCAAAGCUUUGCACCUCUCAGCCCUCAGCCCUCAGCCCUUAGCCCUCAGCUCUCAGCCCUUAGCCCUCAACUCUCAGCCCUCAGCCCUCAACUCUCAGCCCUUAGCCCUCAGCUCUCAGCUCUCAGCCCUUAGCCCUCAACUCUCAGCCCUCAGCCCUCAACUCUCAGCCCUUAGCCCUCAGCUCUCAGCCCUCAGCCCUCAACUCUCAGCCCUUAGCCCUCAGCUCUCAGCCCUUAGCCCUCAACUCUCAGCCCUCAGCCCUAAACUUUCAGCCCUCAACUCUCAGCCCUUAGCCCUCAACUCUCAGCCCUUAGCCCUUAGCUCUCAACCCUCAACUCUCAACCCUCAACUCUCAGCCCUUAGCCCUCUGCUCUCAGCCCUUAGCCCUCAGCCCUCAUCUCUCAGCCCUCAACUCUCAGCCCUUAGCCCUCAGCUCUCAGCCCUUAGCCCUCAACUCUCAGCCCUCAGCCCUCAACUCUCAGCCCUUAGCCCUCAGCUCUCAGCCCUCAGCCCUCAACUCUCAGCCCUUAGCCCUCAGCUCUCAGCCCUUAGCCCUCAACUCUCAGCCCUCAGCCCUAAACUUUCAGCCCUCAACUCUCAGCCCUUAGCCCUCAACUCUCAGCCCUUAGCCCUUAGCUCUCAACCCUCAACUCUCAACCCUCAACUCUCAGCCCUUAGCCCUCUGCUCUCAGCCCUUAGCCCUCAGCCCUCAUCUCUCAGCCCUGAACUCUCAGCCCUUAGCCCUCAGCUCUCAGCCCUCAACUCUCAACCCUCAACUCUCAGCCCUUAG